AUGGCGACAGCAAUCGAUAUGACACAUGAGGGCGCAGAGCUGGGGGCAAUGGAGUCGACGGCAUGUGAUCCACAUCAUAUGCCACUUCCAGAACUUUCUGGGGUGUCCUCUAUAGCUUCAGCACAGAGUGAGCCUGCAGAAGGUCCAGAGCAACAGCAGCUGAAAGUUUACUUGAGAGUUCGCCCUUUCAGCAAGGAGGAGCUGGCAAAAAACGAGGACCAAGGUUGUGUCGUGUUAGAGAGUCCAGAAACUGUCUUACUCCAGGCCCCUAAAGGGUCAGCCUCCAUGAAGAGCAGUGAGAGAGGCAUCACUCAGCAGCUGCACAAAUUCAGCUUCUCACAGAUCUUUGGACCAGAGGUGACUCAAGCAGACUUCUUUGAUGGAACCAUCAGCACUCAGGUGCAGGACUUCCUUCAGGGCAAAAACGCUCUAGUGUUCAGCUACGGUGUCACUAAUGCUGGGAAAACUCACACAAUACAGGGUUCUUUGAAGGACCCUGGUAUUCUUCCACGUGCUCUGGAUGUAACAUUCAGGUACGUCAGUGGGCGGAAGUAUGAAAAUAUGGACCUGAAGCCAUAUCUGAGUGUAGAUGUGCAGCGAUUAGACUCCGAUCAGCUCAAAACUGAGAGGAAUACGAAGGCAACACUGCUCAACUUGCUUAAAGAGGAGUCUGAGCCUCCAAAACCCAGCAGGUCAAGAAGUUCCUCCAUGUCCUCUGUGUCUAGUCUGUCUUUUUCCGGUGUCUCCUAUGACCAAACAGUGGACAGUGCAGAUGCCGCUGGUGACGGGAUGCAGUGCGUCUUCUCCGUGUGGGUAGCUUCCUACGAGAUCUACAACGAGUACAUUUAUGAUCUCCUGCAGGCUCCCCCCACCACCAAGAGCAAGAAACGCCCUGCGCUUCGAGUGUGUGAGGAUGGUGCCAAAAACCCCUACAUCAGAGAUCUGACGUGGGUUAAUGUUCAGAGCGCAGAGGAGGCCAGUAAGAUCCUCCAUGUGGGAAACAAAAACCGCAGCGCUGCCUCCACCGUGAUGAACCAGUCGUCCAGUAGAAGCCACAGCAUCUUCACUAUUAAACUGUUACGCAUUGAUGGAGCAGAUAUCCAGGGAAUGUCAGAGCUCACCUUGUGUGAUCUCGCUGGUUCAGAGAGAUGCAACAAAACUAAAACUUUUGGUGAACGUCUGAAAGAGGCAGGAAAUAUCAAUAACUCGCUCCUAAUUCUGGGAAAGUGCAUCGCUGCCAUGCGAAACAAGCAGAGUGACCGUUCUAAGAUCAGCCACAUCCCGUUCAGAGAGAGUAAGCUGACACGGCUGUUUCAGGGUGUGUUUUGUGGGCGUGGUCGAGUCUCCAUGAUCAUUAAUAUUAACCAGUGUGCCUCGACCUACGACGAGACACUACAUGUCAUGAAGUUCUCUGCCAUUGCCAAGCAGGUGGUACAGGUAAUCCAGCCCCGCUCCUUGGAAUCUCUGGCCCCACGCCUGGUUGGACGUAAUGGAAAGCCCUUGAUAAAAAAUGGGGUGAUUGACAACCAAGCAGUGGAUGACUACUUGUCAGAAGAUGAGCUCCUGGAUGGAGAAGACGAAGCUGAUAUGUCAAUAUUACCACAGGAGGAGCUGAUCAGUUUGCUGGAGGGCCUGCGUGAGAAGCUGCUCACUGAGCGCAGGAAGAACCUGGUUCAGGAGAUUCAGAUCCGUAGGGAGAUGGGAGAUGCUAUAAUCCAGCAGCUCAUGGAGAUGGAAGAGGCCCACAGCUAUCACAUAGCAGACCUGAAGGAGAGCUACGAGGAGAAGAAGGAGAGCACGAUGGAGAUGUAUAAGGAGGCCCUUAAGGAGUACGCCUAUCACUGUGCUCAGGAGAGGCUGGAUGAGGAGUAUAUACCUGUGGAGAAAUACACCCUUGAACAAAACAAGGCAGAGGAGCUGCAGAAGAGACUGGCUGAUUUGGAGCAGCAGCGUCAUGGUACUGGAACCGGUUCCUCUGUAGUUUUUACGAAGGACAGCUCCACCCAGACCGACAAAUUACCCCAAACUCCCACUCAAGACUCUGGGGAUUCGGAACGCUGCAAACUGCUCUACAGGGAAAAGUGUGCAGUGGAGCAGUUGUGUGGAGAAAAACAAGGGCUGAUUGUGUCCCUAGAGAAGCGCAUUUGUGAGCUGAAUGAGACUCUCCAGGAGGCUGGAGAGAGUUACUUGGAGAAGCUUGCCCAAAUUCAAGAAUUGCAGAUCAGCCUUGCUGACAAGGAACAAAUAAAGAGGCGUUUGCAAGCUGAUGUCACAGACAAGAAAGCAGAGCUCAGUGUUCUGAGAGAGGAGAUGACUAAACUGUCCCUUGAUUCUGAGAGGAAAAUGAGGCCAAAACGGGGAUUACUCGCAAGCAUUGAGCUGGUGACAACACCACACAAAACAGCGCUGCGUCACGUUAUCCGGAGAUCUGUGAGGGCCACACCCUCAACGAGGAACAAAUCCUAA